AGAUUGGCGUAAUAGAUUUAAACCAAUUGACGAACUUAUUCAAGAAAUCCGACUGGAAUUUCCAUAUCCUUCUCAUAAUUUAAAUUGGAUUCCAUACGAUGAAUUCAUGGGUUCCAGAUUAAUCACUCAAGGUGGAUUUUCUUCGAUCUUUGAAGCCAUGUGGAAUAAAUCAGAUCUUAGUAGUGAUUAUCUAAAUAAAACCCAUUGGGGUUUAUUCUCGCAACUACAAUUUUUACGUUGUUUCGGUAUAACGCAAUAUCCAAUUACUGGGGAAUUCAUGAUAAUGUUACAAUAUGCAACAUUUGGAGAUUUGAGAUUACAUAAUCGUCGGAAAUAUAAUGAAUAUAUUGAUAAGUCACAUUUUGUCAUUGGAGAUGUUGGACUUUGUGGACCAGCUAAUCGUAGCAUACGCAAGAAAGCAGUUUAUGGAGUUCUUCCUUAUGUUGCAUCGGAACUUUUUAGAGGGAUAGGAUAUUCAAAGAAGGUUGACAUCUACAGUUUUAGUAUUAUCAUAUGGGAAAUUUGUUCAGAAAUGAGACCAUAUGCUGGUACAGCUCAUGAUAUGAAUAUGGCAAAAGAUAUAUGUAAAGGGAAAAGGCCACCUGUUCCACCAGGAACACCUUCCUUUUAUUCUGAACUUAUGAAAAUUUGUAGAUCAACGAUCUCAUUUAAUAAUGUGUCAAAUGAUCGAACACACCCGGAUGCAAUUUAUCAUAGUAGAUUAUUGGAUUUCUCCAAAUUCAGAGAACGUAGACGUCAAAUUCUCGCAAAAUCACGUGCAGAAUUGAGAGGUUCUUCAGUUGAAGAAAAUAAGUAUAAUAGUAAUAGGAAUA